AUGAUCCACGGGAUAAAGCGAAAGAGAAAGGAUCUUGCCCCAGAGGACAGCUCUGUUACGAUUCAAGGAAAGCUACAUCAUGGCUUGCGAGAAGUGCGGAAAGCUGCGAAGAAAGCAAAGACAUUUGAGACGCAGAAACUCGUGAAGAAGCUGAAGACACUGAGGUCUAAAGAUCCUAAAUCGAAUGAGAUCAUUGAAAUGGAAGCUCAACUGGCAAGUCUCAAGCAUACAGAUGCCGAGGGAAUUGGGGGGCUCACUCUCAAAACGAAACUGAAGAAGGACCAUGCACUGUCAGAGAACAUUAACGUCCAAGCUGCCUUUGCGGCUGAGCUUGCAUCCCAUGUCUACGCGCUGGCUCCUGCCGGUACCCCAGCUUUCAAGGUCGAAAGUCGCUUAUUGAGCUCAAAAGCACUUGCCUGCGAAGUUCGCCUUGUUAUCAACGCGUUAAAGGAGAUCACCCAGCCAACCAAGAAGAUAAAUAACAACAAAGAUGAGCAAGAUGAAGACGCAGACACGGCAGAAUUUCCGCAGAAAGCACGCAAGUUGAGUGCAUCUGCUUUGAGGCAACCUUUUCGACACAAUGACGAGGAGCUUGAUGACACUGGACGCGAAGCCGAAGAACGAGAGAAGGGAUGGGAGUCCAGGUCAAUAGGCGAAAGUGGGGAUGGAUGGGAAUCAGGGUCAGUCAAUGGCAGUAAUUAUCGCUGGAAAGCUGCGAGCGGCUCGUCAGAGGAUGAAUUAGAGUCGAGCGAAGGCACCGAUGGCGACGGCACUGACGAGGACGGUGAUUCAGACACAUCUCCUCCGGAAUCGUUACCGCCGGAAAAGAAGGGGCAGAAGUCCGACUUUAUCAUGGAAGAUACCAAGGGCAAAUCGAAAGCGACCAGCACGGAGUCCACCUUCCUCCCGUCGUUGGCGGUCGGAUACACCCGUGGCGAUUCUGAGGCAUCGGACUGGAGCGGGGAUGAGGUGGACGACUCUCCUAAAAGGAACCGGCGCGGCCAGAGGGCCCGCAGAGCCAUCUGGGAAAAGAAAUACGGAAAGAAUGCGAAUCACGUCAAGAAGGAGCGAGAAGCUGCUGUCCAGAACCCACGUCAGAAAGACAUCCGACAUACCGGCCAGAAGAAUGUCCUAAAUCAUUCACGGACCGGAGUCGCGCAUCGCGGGAACGCCUCCAGCUCUCGCUCGCAAUUCGUUGCUCCUUCGCGCGAUAGUGGCUGGUCUAAAGGUGGACGGUCUGUUGCCGAACAACCACCGGUGGUGAAGCAAACCCAGACCAAAGAUAAGCCCUUGCAUCCUUCAUGGGAAGCAAAGAGGCGGCUGAAGGAGAAGUUCAGUGCGAAUAUCGUGCCAGCGCAGGGAACGAAGAUUAUAUUCUGA